UUACAGUUCUAAGAACUCAAUUUCAAGUAUACAUCAACCUUCAAUUGCUAGAAAUGGGAACUUGGGGAAGGCCAGGGCAAUGGCCUAUGCAGCUUGUUUAUGCGGUGGCAUUUUGCCUUGUAGCCACUAGUGUGGUUGCCUACCAGCCUUACAUUUAUGCUUCGCCGCCACCACCUCACCACCCUAUCAUCUACAAACACCCAUCUUAUAAGUUACCGUCAAUACCAAAACAUGUUGCUCAUCUUCCACACUAUUACAAACCUCAUCUUCCAAAGCAUGAAAAAUCUCCAUCAUACCAGUACAAGUCACCUCCACCACCACCAAAACAUGUGGUACCUUUGUCAUAUUAUUACAAAUCACCGCCUCCACCUAAAUAUGUGACACAUUCACCUUAUAUUUACAAGUCACCACCACAACCAAAGCAAUCAAAACAUACUCCUAAAUACUAUUACAAAUCACCGCCGCCGCCCCCAAAACAUGUGGUGUCUUCACCGUAUUAUUACAAGUCCCCACCUCCACCAAAAUAUAUAAAACAUACACCUUAUUUUUACAAGUCACCACCACCAUCAUCACCAAAGCAUCAUCAAGCACCACAUUAUUAUUACAAGUCAUCACGCUCACCAUUGAAAUCUCCACCUCCAUCGUAUUAUUAUAAAUCUCCACCACCUCCAUCUUCAUCACCUCCUCCUCCAUAUUAUUAUAAAUCACCACCUCCCCCAUCAUCAUCACCACCACCUCCCUACUACUACAAGUCACCACCACCUCCAUCCCAAUCUCCUCCUCCCUCAUACUAUUAUAAAUCACCACCUCCUCCAUCUCCAUCGCCACCACCUCCAUACUACUAUAAGUCACCGCCACCUCCCUCUCCAUCUCCUCCCCCUCCAUACUAUUAUAAAUCACCUCUUCCACCAUCCCUAUCACCGCCACCCCCAUUCUAUUAUAAGUAAUCACCACUACCAUUAUCAUCUCCUCCCCCUCCUCAUUACUAAACAUCCCUUCCACCCACCCUAUUUUAAUUGUAUACUACGACAACCAUCUGAUCAUGUUCCAUGAAUCACUUCCUCCACUAUCUUAAGGAUACGAAGCUUAUGUGUGCUUUCUUAUUGAUUAAUUCACUCUUUCGAAUUCUAAGUCAUUAUUUCAUUUGAUUUGUUUUGUGUGAGAGUUUUUGACGUUUCCUUGUGAAAGGCAAGCGUUUUUGUUCUAAAAUAAGAUCCGAAGAGAAGAUACUCGUGAUGAAUUCUGUUGUAUGAGCUGCUUUUGGUUCCAAUUCUUGUACUUAAUUAAAUAUUAACACAAUCAUGAAGAGAAUUGUUUUGCAUCACCA